ACUAUAUAAAUAAAAUAGAAUGUCUACGUAAAUUUGCUAUCUGUUAAAUUAUUAAUUAUUAAAUCAAAUAUAAAUAUUUCUCGAUUGUGGCAAAAAUGCUGUCUUUAAGAUACAACCUGAAAGUCCAUUUUGGGAUUAGAACUUAGGAUUAUUAGCAAAAAUCGUGUUACGUAAAUAUAUAUUGUCUGAUGAUAAGAAUUCGGUACUAAUUGAUCGAUAAUUGAAAUAUUUCUUUCAAAGUAUAGUUACAUCACACGAUUAAUUAUUAGUUGAAAAUAACAGUCAAUUAAUCCACAAUAUUUUCCAAUAUUCUUAACAUAUGUCGAAUAUUUACACGUACAGAAGGAAAUGAAACCGAUUCACAUGAUAAUCCUUGGGUUGCAUUUACAUAGUUGACUGGAAUACUAUUUUCGCUUUCAAUGUAUCAUUCUAUAUAUUUUCUAUCUAUGGCAAAGCAAAUAAAAACUUUCAAAAUUCAAAUGUUUUCGCAUAACUGUUAACUAUGAUGUCUUUACGCUCUUUAAAGUGUCAUUAACAAGUGACAGAAAUAAAAAUAUUUGAUCUCAUAAAGAAUCUUCCUCAGUUAUCUUAGACACAAUGUCUGUGAGCACAUUAUUUUAUCAGAAUGUUUCCCUAUUAUUAAAACAAGUUACACCCAGUGAAGAAUUUAAGAAACAUUUUCGUGAGAAUAUGUUUGAUAAACCUAAUACUGCAGGUUUCUUAUACACAUCUCAUUAUUUAUUAACAAUAUAUGAUUCGGAACGUUUUAAAAAGUUAAUUGAAUGGCCAGUUACUUGUAAAAAGACAGAAGCACAGUAUCGUAACAAUGUUAAAUCGUUUCUAAUAAUCAUAUCCGCAGAAAAUCGCGAUAUUAAUUUUCCAAAUAUACUUGUGUCUCAUUUAUUUCAUGCAAGUGGAAGUAAGUUUGUGACAAUUAUGUGGAAAUUGUCACAAGCGGUAUUAAGAAAAUAUAUUACCUCUUCAAGUAUUUGUAGUGUUAUGCUUGUACCUCAAGCAAAAAUUGAUGCAAAUUUAGGAAAGCAAUUUUUAAAGAAGACCAGUGCAAUGAUUUCCUUUAAUAUUUUAAAUCAUUAUAAAACUUUAUUAGAAAUGGAAGAAAUUGCUGAAACCUUUUUGAAAAAUGAGGAACAGAACUUGAACAAUAUUAAAACAGAAAUUUUUGAGAGGGAACAAGUUAUUAAACUGCUUAUAAAUGACGUUCCUGUUCAUUCUACAAUUCAAAAACAUUUGAUUGACAUAAAUGACAAAGAAGUGAUACAAAAAUGGAAAGAAAAUAUAAAUGAGUACUUGAAUUAUAUACAAAAUAAAAAUAAAAUUUUAAAGAAUAUUGAACAAGUUAGUCACAAAGUAAAUAACAUAGUAUCAAGUAACAGUGGUGACAUUAAAAUGUUGGAUGCAAAGCAGUUCCAACAGAUAAAUUAUUUAGAUAUGUCUAAAUUAUUUCCUUAUGAUAUACAAAGCCUUUUAUUUCAAUUAUACACAAAUGACAAAUUAAAUUUUCAUAAUUUUAUUUUAUUAUUUAACUCGGUAAUAACUCAGUUGCAUCAACCAUUAAAAUUAAAUACAUUAGCAAACCUUUCAGAGCAUCAAUUACAAAUAGAGACAAGUUGUAAAGACAUGAAGGAAUUUUUAAAUAUAUUCCAAACAUACUUAUUGGAUAUCAGAACAAUAACAUUGGAAACAGGUCAACAUUUAUGUCAUAUAUUGCACCAAAAUAAUAUUGCACAAAUUUAUAAUGAAAUGGAAGUACCUACAACAAAUAAUGUUCUUUUAAUGUCAUCGCCUCUUAUAAAAAUUGAUACUAACUGUACAGACAUAGAAAUCGAUCAACUGAAGCAUUUACAGCUUACUCCAGUGGAAGGUGUACAUAAGUCAUUAUUUUCAAGAUACGAACAUUUAAAACCAAAUAAUAUUACACUUAGAUCAAGGUUGAGAGAAAAUUUAUUAGUAUCUCACAUUACUUUUGAUGAUUCGGUAUCGACAACUGACAAUGAAAAAGUGUCGUUACACGUUCCAGUGUUAAAUAAAAGCAAUUUGUUAUCUUCUAAACAAGCAGAAAAAUAUUCUCGAUUAUUUUCUAUGCGUACAAAAAGAAAUAACAAUGCAGCAAAUACAAGUGUAAUGUCUAUACCUUGUACUUCAAAAGCAAAUUCGACUGCAAUUGCAAGUGCAAUUGAAGAAAUACAUGAUAUGUCGGAACUCAGUUUGAAUAUAUCAGAAAAAAACAUAUGCAAUAACAGUGUAGGUUUUACUACACCUUUGAAAUUGACUACUACAAAAGAUGAUAAUUUUGAAUACAUGUCUGAAAUAGAAGAUGUAGUAAACACGCUCCAAAGGAAACCAGAUGUUCUUAAUAUAUGUGAAACAAUAGAAAUAGAAAGUGCAAGUAACCAGGACAAAAUCAUUAUCAAAUCUAACAAAAUUGCAGAGGCAACACAAAGGAGACGUUCAAUCAGUGACUUAGUUGAACGCUAUAAGAAACUACUCGAGGGCAAUAAUCAUACAAAUCGUGAGAUUAAUUGUGUAAAAAAUGAUAAUGAAUGAUUACAAGAAUUUGCAGAAAAAAUAUUAUUUGACUAUUUCUUUAUUAUAUUAAUUUUACUUAAAAUAUAUUACUCUUAGACCAAAAUCAAAAA